AUAAUGAAAAUUUAAUCUUGAUAAAUAAAAGACUAACUGGUUUCAGUUAAUUUAAUUAAAGAAUUGUAAAAAGCUUAAGCAUUUAAAUUUGUAUGGGAAUCUCAUAACUCAACAGCUUGAUUAUAAAUAUAAAGUUAUUGCAAUUUUACCUAAUUUAAUAAUACUUGAUUUCAAAAACAUUACACAAUAAGUAGUUAAAUUAAUAAAUUCAAAUUAGGAAAGACAAACAGCUGAAGAAUCUUUCAAGCCUGAUGAAUUCCUGAUAAUAUGAAUUUAAUUAAUUUGAAAGAUACUAGUUUAGACAAAGAACAUAUAAAAAAUUAUUGGGUAAUGCUAAAACAUUUGAUUAAAUUGACUAAUU